UGUGUGGGAGAGAGGGAAGGAGGGAAGCAAGGAGAGAGUGGAGACAGAAGCACGGAGUGAGGGGAGGGGGAAGUGUGUGAGGGAGGGACUGGAGACAGAAGCACAGAGGGAGAGGCCCCGGGGGCUGGGCCCGCCGCCUGCGGGAUGUCGGUGGUCUUCGUGCCGCAGAGACUGCGGGGGAAAUGCGAGAUUAACCAGGCGACCAUCCAGAAGUUACUUGAUGAAAACAACCAGUUAAUUCAGUGCAUUGUGGAGUAUCAGAACAAUGGAAAGGCUGCGGAGUGCACUCAAUAUCAGCAGAUCUUGCACAGAAAUCUCAUCUAUCUGGCCACGAUAGCAGACUCCAGCCAGAAUGUGCCCAGUGCCCAACCUAUGGCACUCAAUCAGCCAAUGGCAAUGGGGCCAGGGGGAAUGGAGCCUGUCGGGAGAACUGCAGACUCCUUGGGGAAUGGAACCCCUCCGCCCGGAACAGGAAACACUAAUCAAAUAGCAGGUGUCGGAGCCUCGUUUCCCCAGGGGCAGCCUCAUUGCCAGCCUGUGACAUCAAACCCCUCGAUAGGCUUACCUGUCAGCAGUCACAGCAACGUGGGCAAUUUCAACCAAUCGAUGGCUCCACCACAGAAUUUGCCGGCCCAGGAGCAGAUGGGAAUGAGUCUUGGGCAGCCUCUGGGCACUCACUUGCAGCCUGUGGGCCAGCAGAACCCAGCUCCUACACAACCACAGGCAUCUCAGGGGGAAUAUUUCAACAACCAGUUUAACCAGACGCAGACUCCAGCAGAGGGAAUGAACCUACAACUUUAUUCAGAAGGUACCUGGUAUGGACCACAGCAAGGGCAGUUCCCACAGAACUCCACUUCCCAUCAGCAGAACUUCUACCAGCAAUAUCCCACACAGCAGCCGCUGACCAGCACGCCUCAGGAGUUUAAUUCUGCACAAAAUUCUCAAGGACAGUUCAGAAACUUCCAGCAGGAUCCAGGGCAACAGUACGUUGCCUAUAGACCUCAGCAACCUGCUCCCAACCCAGCGCAGCAACAAGCAUUCCAGUAUAAUCAGGGAGCUCAGUACGGGGGCUUUCAGUAACAGUCCAAGAUGUGAACAUUGAAACUGCCAAUGGACUGCUUCAUAUUGUGGACACUUGUAUUCUGCACUCACAAGUUUAACUUCUUUCUUAUUUUUGCAAACAGAUUUCAUAUUGUGAUUUUGCUGAAUUGUUUUGAAAAUAUUUCUACAUGCUAUCACCUGUGAUCCACAGGAAGGUACAGUAAACCCAGGCCAAACAAUUAACACUAACUUUCAUGCACCAGUACAAAUCUGUUAUGGUUUGGGAGCUUAUGAACUGCCCUCAAACCUUUACUAAUCUCUCCUGAAGACCCUGACCUUUAGUCGAAUUUAAUUCCGUAUAUUACCGACCCCCAGCCCCAUCCCCAUCCUCCUUGCUGUACAUCCUAAGGAUUAGGUGGGAAGUUCCACUUUGUAUUUGAUUGGAUUUAUCUUUUAGUACUGUUGCCGACACCAACCGUGACUUGCCCUGUGUGGCUGCUCUUUGUGACUGGACAUUGCUAUGCUGCUGUAGCUGCUGGUUCCAUUUGUCAAAUUGUUGUCACUCAGAGGAUCAGCAACCCUUCAGAAUGGAAGCAUCUGGUUCUGCCCAUUAUGCCCAUGCAGGCUUUAUUAUUGAAUUAAGCCAUUUAGUCCCACUGUACUGCCCUUUCCCUAUUGCCCCCAAAAUUUGCCCCUUCAGUUUUAUUUUUCAUUAUUCUUUUGUAGGAUGUGGGUGUCACAGGUUAAGCAAGCAUUUGUUGUCCAUCUCUUAUUGCAAGGGCUUGCUGAGCAAUUUCAGAGGGCACUGAAAUGCUGUGGUUCUGGAGUCACAUUGGCCAAACCAGGUAAGAACGGCAGAUUUCCUACCGUAAAGAACAUUAAUGAACUAGAUAGGUUUUUAUAACAGUGACAGUGGUUACUGGGUCACCAUUAGACUUGUUUUUACUUGUAGACUUUUAAUUAAUUAGAUUCAAACCCCUAUCCCCAGAGUAUUAACCUCGGCUUCUGGACUACUCAGUUGGUGGCGGUGGAGUGAUCGUGGACUAGCGCAGGAGCAUAGGUUUAUAUCCUACUGCGGUAGCUGGUAGACUAUUAAUCUAGAGAUCCAAGUGUUGUUCUUAGGACCAGGGUUCAAAUCCUACCACAGCAGAUGGUAGAAUUUGUGUUCAACAAUAAUCUAGAAAUAAGAGUACAAUGAUAAGCAUGAAACUUUUUCCAGUUAUCGGGGCAAAACCCAUCUGGUUCACUGAUGUGCUGUAGGGAAGGAUAUCUGCCAUCCUUGCCUGGUCUGGCCAAAGUGUGACUCCAGACUGUUAGCAGUGUGGUUGACUCUUAACUGCCCGAUGCGCAAUAAAUGCUUGUCUGGCCAGUGAUGCCCAUAUCCCGUGAAUGAAUAAAGAAAACAAAAUUAAAUUCAGUUAACAUCCUUCCAAUAUUAUCCAAUUCCCUUUAAGAAGUUUUCUUUUGAAUCUACUUCGGCUAGCCUUUGAGGAGGCACAUUCCAGAUUACGACAACUUGCAGUGUUCUUUCAGAAAAAUUCUUCUCCCCUUUUGAAUUUUGAACACCUGUGUGAAAUCCUCCCUUUACCUUAUUGCCUGAAGUAGAGCAACCCCAGCUUCUCCAGGCACUGUGUCAGUAAAUGUGCUGAGGUGGGAAUUACAGAGAAGGAGACAGGUGUGAUUGGGAUGUACAACAUCUCAACAGAUAUUAAUAAACAAGUUAGGCACAUCACUAUCCUUUUUACCUCAGUGUCCAAGACAUUGGGAUAGUAAACACCCAGAGGGGUUUCUGGGUGAGGACAUAUCAACUAUCGUUCCAUUGACACUUUCUGAUUAGGAAAGCAGUGAUUGGACGAGUUGAGUUGGCUCUGAUGCAACGUGUUGCUUUGGUAAGUGGGACCAGCAUCUUAGCAGUCUAAUAGUUAGCUGCUUUUUCCUGAACACACCAGUUUUAAUUUUGGAAAGGGAUUCCUUUUGGGUAUUUGAGGGGCUUUCAAUAUGACAGGAUUUGGGUAACAUUUUGGAAGUUGAAUUUACAUGUGUAGGAACCUUUUGGAAUCAGAAGGGGUGACUAGUUAAUCGUCUGUUCAACUUCCUGACAAUUAAAAGUUUUUUUUUGUA